CUAUUAAUAUAUGCCAGAAGAGUGAAAUAAAGUGUGGAUCCCACGCUACCUGUAAAAAUCGUUGUGGGGAUUACAUCUGUGAGUGUCUUAAAGGAUUCUCACCAAACACCACGUUUAAGAAUUCUACUGAGAACAACUGUAAAGAUAUAAAUGAGUGUGGGGAUAAGAAUUGUUGUGAUCCAACUGCCACAUGUGAAAACACCAUAGGGUCUUACAAAUGUAUAUGUCCAACAGGGCACUUCAAAUAUAAUGAUGCUGUCCGUGGUGGCAGAAACGCCAUAAAAUGCAAAGCAAUCAGCAUUCCUGCACCUUCAGAUCAUAAUUGCUCAGAUGGACAGAUCUUCCUCUGUAACUUUACGACAGAGGUGAGACAUCUCUAUAAUUCUUCACUGAAUAUGCGGACCUCUGGGGAUGUUGAAAUAGUUCUGAAGAGUCUUUUGGCUCUAUUGGAUAGUCUAAUGAGUCUGUUGAAGACUGCAAGCAAGGUGGAAAGACACAAUACAGUCACCGAGAUGAUGAAAUCAGUAGAAGACUUCCUCAGAGUUUUGGCAUUUGCUCUCCCCUCAGGGCUCAGCAGUGUGUCCAGUGAAACCACAGAGCUGGCCAUGUACAUUAGAGGAGCUGGAAGCCAAAACCAGAGCUCAGCCCAGCUGGUGCAGAAUGAGACACAGAUGGAGCUGAACUGGGACGCAGCAAGCAAAGAAGGAGAAGCCUUCAGCCUGGCUGGCCUGCUCACAUACCAUGGACUGGAACACAUGAUGUCUGAUGCUCGUGUUGAAGGGGAAGAAUGGGAGCAAGUUGGAAAGUCACCCGAGUGGCUACAAGAAGUGGGGAAGCCCAGCUACAAAGUAUUGUCCCGGGUGGCAGCAGCUUUUGUAGGCCACAAUGAGACCAAGCUGUUGAAUUCCCCUGUUACUGUCAGCUUCAACCAUCAGAAACCAGACUGGAAGCCAGGGAUGAAAGUGAUUUGUGCUUUUUGGAAGCCUGUCAAUGGUAGUGGGCACUGGUCUGAAAAAGGCUGCACCCGCUUGACUUCCACAGACAGCCAAACGGUUUGCCAGUGCACUCACAUGACCAGCUUCGCGGUUCUUAUGGCCUUCUAUGACAUAGAGGACCGGGGCCUGGACGUCAUUACCAAGGUGGGGCUCGUGGUCUCUCUGGUCUGCCUCUUCCUCUCCAUCCUCACCUUCCUCUUCUGUCGGGCCAUCCGAGGCAUCCGCACCACCAUCCACCUGCACCUUUGUCUGGCGCUCUUUACUGCCGAUGUCAUCUUCCUGCUAGGAGCUGGGAACCCUAGCAACAUGAUCGCAUGUGCAAUAGUGGCUGGGCUCCUGCAUUACUCCUUCCUGUCUGUCUUCUGCUGGAUGCUGCUCGAGGGUGUGGAGCUCUACCUGAUGGUGGUUCAAGUCUUCAAAACCCACAGCCUCAAGCACUGGCACAUAUUCCUGGUGGGAUAUGGACUACCAGCUGUCUUAGUGGGCAUCUCAGCUGCCAUCAACAGCAAAGGCUACGGCAACAAAAAUUGCUGGCUUACGAGAGAUGGUGGAUUCCUAUGGAGCUUCUUAGGACCAGUCUCUUUAAUUAUCAUGGUCAAUGCCAUUGUCUUUGUGGUUACUGUCUGGAAGCUUUCUGAGAAGUUUGCCGACAUCAAUCCCAACAUGGGUAAAUUAAAAAAGGAAAGGGUGCUCACAAUUACUGCCAUCGCCCAGCUCUGUAUCCUGGGCACCACUUGGAUCUUCGGCAUGUUUCAGUUCAGCGACCACACCCUUGUCAUGUCUUACAUCUUUACCAUCCUCAACAGUCUGCAAGGGCUUUUCAUCUUUCUCCUGCAUUGUUUGCUCAACAAACAGGUACGCGAUGAAUACUACCGCUGCUUCUGCAAAUUUAACAAGGAUCAUAGCAGUGACAAGUACUCAGACAUGAGCUCCACAGCAGGUUCCAACACGUUGCGGGCACAGAAGUCCUCCAGAGAAUCAGGAAUGUAGCAACGCUCUUUAGAACCAACUUCUUGAAGUGCUGCUUUGCACAAUUACACAUCCUGUAACUGAGGCAGGACUCUCUUCAGAAGAGGUACCCGGUGAUACAGGCCCUAUUACAACGGGGACAAUAGAACUGCCAGAAGCCUAUAUAAGGACACACUUGGCAAGCACAACUGGAGCAAUGCUUUUAAGCAGAUGUGGGCACAAGUCUCUUCAGCAAGGGCCCCCUUCUUCCUUCAAGCUAAGGCACUCAUCUCUCAAAAAGAUAUGGGAGUAAAUCUAUAAAGAGGUACUUGCACACUUGACACUUUUUCCAAAUGCCUGUACAGUGGAUAUUACUGAGCCUUGCAGUGAAAUUACUGCUCCAGAACUAGCUGUAGGUGCAUCAGUAGCCAAUUAUCUGAGCUCCAAAGUGGACUUCUUAUGACAGGUGGAAGUUUUCUGUUCGUCAACACCAUACCCUUUAUGGACUAAGCCAUAGAUCUUAUCCCAGAGCUGUUAUUUUUAACCUUUGCUUGGCCACUGAUAGCCUGUUUGCCAGAUGUAAGUAUUGAGACCCACCCCUUAGUCAAUCAGUCUUUUUGCGUUAGCUUAGGAGGAUAUUGACUGCAACAAAAAUAACCCAAAUGGAGUGCAACGGGGGAAAAGACUCCAUUCAAAGCUUUCUCAUGAGCUGGAAGAGGAAACUACCUGGAGUGGAAUAAGUCCUCAGCAUUUUGACUCAAAACUUGGAGGAAUUCUGCUUAUACCUGUCAAAUUUAUUUGACCUUAUUUAUUGAAGACUUCAAAAAUUGAAAUCUAGUACUCAGCUAAAUAAAUAUGCACCUAGAUAUUAUACCAUUGUAGACUGUGAUUUCUAACUAUCCACCCAUUAAUCUGAAGCAUGUCUCACAACCGCUUUAAUAUUUACAUUUUAAUAAAAUGCAUUUUGUGAAUCUGAA